GGGCCGAGGGGCCGGCGCUGCGAAGUAUAAAUAGCGGCGCUGCCAGCGGCGCGGCGCUGUCAGAGCCCGGCGCCGGCGCGCAGAGCGCCGCGGCCCCGCACGUCGGGCGGCUGGAUGCGCGGGCGCGGCGGCGGCGCGGCGCGGCGCGGCCAUGGAGGAGCUGACGGCCUUCGUCUCCAAGUCGUUUGACGCCAAGGCGAAGGAGAGGAAGGAGCUCAUCACCUACCGCGAGGUGCUGGAGAGCGGGCCGCUGCGCGCCGGCGGCCCCCGGGAGCCCGGCGGAGCCGCCGCGGAGCCGGGCCGCGACGAGGCGGGCAGCCCCGCAGCGCGGGCGGGCGCCGGGCGCUCCCCGCCGCGGGAGCCCGACGGAGCCGCCGCCGCCGACGGAGCCGCCGCCGCCGCCGCCACCCCCAAGCCCAGCGACGUGUCGCCGGAGCCGAAGGAGCGCCGGGAGGAUGCGAAGGCGAUGGAGGACGAAGGGCAGACGAAAAUCAAGCAGAGGCGGAGCCGCACGAAUUUCACCCUGGAGCAGCUGAACGAGCUGGAGCGGCUCUUCGACGAGACGCACUACCCGGACGCCUUCAUGCGCGAGGAGCUCAGCCAGCGCCUGGGGCUCUCCGAGGCCCGCGUGCAGGUCUGGUUCCAGAACAGACGGGCCAAGUGUCGCAAACAGGAGAACCAGCUCCACAAAGGGGUGCUGAUCGGAGCGGCGAGCCAGUUCGAGGCGUGCCGGGUGGCGCCGUACGUGAACGUGGGCGCGCUGCGGAUGCCCUUCCAGCAGGACGGUGCCUGCAACGCGCCGCCCUUGUCGUUGCAGGUGCAGGCGCAGCUGCAGCUGGACAGCGCGGUGGCCCACGCGCACCACCACCACCUGCCCCCGCCGCUGGCCGCCCACGCGCCCUACAUGAUGUUCCCCGCGCCGCCCUUCGCGCUGCCGCUCGCCGCCCUCGCCGCCGAGUCCGCCUCGGCCGUGGCCGCCGCCGCCGCCAAGACCACCAGCAAGAACUCCAGCAUCGCCGACCUGCGCCUCAAGGCCAAGAAGCACGCGGCCGCCCUGGGGCUGUGACCCCCCCCCGGCCGCCCCCCCGGGCCGCAGGAGCUCGGCGGCUCCGCAACGGACCUCUGCGCUGGUUUUUUCUGCCAAGUUCACUUUACUACGGGGAGUUGGGUAAGAGAGGCGGGCCUCCUUU